GGAGCAUGUGCGUUGAAACAUUGACUUUUAUUCUCGUGUUCCUGUGUCUUUGCAGAGUGACAGGGCGACGCCGUUCGCAGCCGCUUCUCUCGCUCUCGUGCCGCGCGCCAGUCUGUCUCCUUGCCUCUUUUCUCCGGUUCUUGGUCCUCUCGAGUUCGCAGUUUCUCUUGUCUCAGUUCCUCCUUUCCUUUGUUUCGCUCCUCGCCUCCUGUUUCCCCACUUUCUGAGCUCUCUUCCAGGCCUGCUUUCUGCGACAUCCAAGCUUCAGGUCGGUUCUCCGCCUGCUCGUUUGCAACGCUGCCUCUCUUCGUCGCAUGCUUUCCUUUUCUGUCUUUUCCUGCCCGGCACUGCCCUCCCGUUUGAUUCUGGGGAUCCAUACUCCCCGUUCCUUGAAAGAUACUUCGAGCACCCGCGGCGAUUUCCUCCUUUGCCUCUUCGCCGCUCUCCCUCCUGUCUGCCUUUCACCUAUUCCGUUCUCUCCUCACCCUUUCCCCGAAAACCUCUCUGCCGUGCAAAUUCUGAAAAAAUGACGACCUUCGUCCCCCUCGCAACCGACGGUGACGGAACCGCCUCAGCCGUCGCUGUCGGCGACUGGCUUCUCCAAAUCAUCAACCUGAAGAAUCCGUCGCAGACGCAGAGCUACUACACACAGUUCUUGGAGCAGUUCGACAAAGAUGAGGAGACAGGUGAACAGAAGAUUCGCGAUCACUUUCAACUUUUCGAGCUGCUUCUCUCCCAGCACCAGCUUGUGUUCAACUACGCCACGCAGGCCAGACAGCCGGCUGCCGCAGAAAAAGGCGAGAAGCCGCAGAACCGGAAGACCUUUCUGGAGGCGGUCCACGAAGUCGAGGAGUUCUUCACUGUGCUGAUCGCCAUGGUGGUUCUCCGCAUCGAAAACGUAGAGCAGGCGGGCCAAGCUGCCGGCACACUCUGCUCUGUCUUCCGCGCCUCUACAGACAUGGCGGAGUUCCGUCUGCGCCUGCUGCAGUCGCUGUACAAUGCCUUCCCCCCCAGCUUUCCGUACCGCUUCCCGAUCUUCGUGGCGACGCUCGAGUACGCGGCAGAAACGAACCUCUUCAGUGUCAUGCUCCCCUACAUUCGCUAUAUCAAUGAGUGGAUGCGCGACUGGAAUCUGCCGCCUUCCUCCAAACGCCAGGUCUUCCUCAUUCUCGCUAACGAGCUGAAGAAGCUGAAGAAGGCAGAUGAGGCCUAUCCCUUCCUCAAACGGCACGUCCAGUUCUUCCAGAACGAGAAAGAAGAGAUCCUUUCUAAUGGCGCAACCAUCUCCGCGGCAGUUGAGCUGGUAGAGGACAGCAUUCGCCUACCGGAUGUGAUUGUCUUCGACGGCUUGAUGGACUUGCAUGCAGUUGUGCACCUGCGCAAGACUGCGCAUGCUCCCCUCAUUGAGCUGCUGCAAAUCUUCGUCAAUCAAGGCCCUAAGGAACUCGAAGCGUUCAAGAACAAGCACCCGCAAGUCUUCGAGGAGCACGGACUGAACUACGAGCAGUGCCUGGGGAAGAUCCGCCUGCUCGCGGUCGCAUCUCUGGUUCACGGACGGAAGAAGGAAGUUUCCAUUCGCGCAAUUGGCGACGCACUGCAGCUCAGCGAAGCCGGCGCCGAGGAGGUCGCCGUCCAGGCGAUCGGGCAGGGCAUCGUGGACGCGAAGAUCGACCAACUGGCUCGUGUGCUCCACGUCCGAUCCACCAUGCAGCGCGAGUUCGGCCGCCAGCAGUGGGAGGAGCUGCUGGAACGCAUUGACCACUGGAGCGAAGGCGUUCGUGCUCUCAUGGGCUGCAUGCAGAGUGUGAAGAAUCAAGUCGCGUCUGCCGCUGCGUCUGCCGCAGGGUCCUCUCCAGGCGGUCUGGCUUCUCCAGGCGCCUCUCUGGCCUCCGGUGGCAUCGCGACGCCUCAGCAGUAGUCGGGGGAGAGAGCGGACGAGACGAGCUGCCGGAACGGCGACGACUGGCGGUCUGCAGAAGUGAACAGAAGAAGAGUCCGAGCAGAGUGGAGGACUACAGCCCGGUCGGCUUCGUGUACAGAGUUAAACCAGAUGUGGAGGAGAGAGGCAACGGAUGCGUUCGUCUGCGGUCGACGCCUGCGGGAGACAAAACGACGGGGAGGAAGCGUUCAGGGGAGAACAAGGCGGAGGCCUCUCGACGGCGAGGGGGCGAACUCGGUGGUCUCGACGCGGUUCGGGAACCGAUCGCCAUUCUGGAAAACGUUAGGCGAGGGUCGUGCGCCUGGGAGGUUUCCGGUGUCUUGACUGCUGCUGUUUGCAUGCGGUCGACACCCGUCCUCAGUGCGCCUGUCUCUCAAUCGGUGGCUAUCCGAAGCAGCGAGAAGACUGCGAAGAAUGGUUCAUGGCCCGCUGUUUCUAAUUAGGAGAGCAGAAAUCCAAAGGGGGAGACGAAAGUGAGGCCGACCCAGAGAGACCGCCCCACUGCUGUACACUUUGCGUGUCUUUUGCUUUUGAGAAAGGCGUUCUUUUUCCCCUGGUCAAGAGACACACGGAACCUGACAAGCAUUUUUCUAAAUUCAUGUAAACGACAUCCAG